CGAGGGAGAUACUAAUGAGACUACCUGCAAAAUCUAUCGUAAGAUUUCGUUGUGUAUCAAAACUAUGGUUGUCUAUAACCACCCAACAAAAUUUCAUCAAUUCAUUUGCGCUUCGACAAUCAUCAAAAAUUUCUUACUUUUAUGGCCAAGGAUGAUCAGCAUAAGCAAGUCUUGUACAUGUUGUCAUUUCAUGAGAACUUUAAAAGUUAUUCUGAUGUGAACAAUUUUCAUAACAUGCCCCCUACAGAAGAUUGCCAUUACUACAACUAUAGUGCUUCUGUCAAUGGUUUGGUCACUUUCAGGAACAAUACAGAGAUUGUAAUCUGGAACCCCACCAUGAAAGAACAUAUAACCUUGCUUCAACCUAAAAUCUCUAAGCCCCUAAAAAUCUAUUUAGGAUAUGAUCCUAAGGAGAAUACAUAUAAACUUCUAUCGGUGGCAAAUUUAAAUACGCUAUGGGACGACUAUCAAAAGCCUCAUAUUCUUACAUUAGGAUCUCAAGAAUCAUGGAGGGUGAUAAAAAACAGCCCUGAUCAUAAACCUACAAGUAGGUAUUAUUGCAUCAACGGAGUUGUGUACUAUAAUGCAUAUAUAUCAUCUGAAGAACAUCGACGUGGCCAUAACACUGUCCCUGCGUUUACCAAAGAAUUCGAGCUAGGUGUGAGAGUGAAGCAUAUUAUUAUGAGUUUUGAUGUGAGGUCUGAAAAGUUCAAAUCAAUUCAAAUACCUAGUAGUGGGCACCAAUAUGAACUAAUGUGUUAUAAAUCUCUAAUGAGUUACAAAGGAAAAUUAGCAUGGGUUUGCUGUAAUUCAAAUAUUAUCAAAUUAUGGGUUUUGUUGGAUGCUGGAAAACAAGAAUGGUCAGAAAAUGAAUUUGUUUUACCUAGUUUGCCUCAAAGAGAUUUGCUUGGGAGUGCUAGGUUAAGUGGUGCCACUAGUACUGGUGAGUUUAUCUAUGUAUCGGGAAAACAUUUCAAAGACAUUUCGGCUUUUUAUUACGAUCCCGUGAGAAAGACUAUCACAAGUGUCAAAGGACUUUAUUAUGAGGAAUUUAGGUGUUGUUAUGGAUUUAGUAACGAUGAGAUGGCUUGUCUUCGAUCUUAUCCGAAUCAUAUUGAAAGUCUCAUGUCUCUUAGGAACAUCAUGUGA